AUGGCCCCCAUCGUCUUCCCCGCAAACCAGCCGCCGGCCCGGUUCUACCUAGGAGGUCCUCAAAUAUCAUCCUUCCGCUCAGACAAGCCGUCCGGCCCGAAUGAGCCCGAAGACUGGAUCGCCUCGACGACGUACUGCCUCGGCUGCGCGCGCUCCAAGCUGGGCAUGACGGUCCUCCCCGACGGCCGCCUGCUAGCUGACGCCAUCGCCGCGGACCCCGAAUACUGGCUCGGUCCGGGGCACUUAGCCGCGUUCGGGACGGACACGAAACUGCUCGUCAAGCUGCUCGACGCGGGGCAGAGGCUUCCGGUGCAUGCGCACCCGCACCGGGACUGGGCGAGGGAGCACGUUGGCGCGAAGCACGGCAAGGCCGAGGCCUGGUAUCUCCUCACGCCGGGGGAGGUGUACCUGGGUUUGAAGGAGGAUGUGACUCAUGAGGAGUUAUUGGGCUUGGUCGAGCGGCAGGACGUGGAGGGGAUGCUCGGGCGGAUGCACCGGUUGGAUGUCAAGGCUCGUCAGACGGUUUACGUACCGCCGGGGACGUCGCAUGCCAUCAGGGAGGGCGUGUUUCUGAUCGAGGUGCAGGAGCCGGAGGAUCUUUCCAUUCUCUGUGAUUGGAAGGGUUUCGACAUCGACGGGUUUAAGGACGGGCACUUGGGGCUGGGGUUCGAGAAGGCUUUAACGGCUGUUGAUACGCGGAAACUGACGAGGGGGGAUGUCGAGAGACUUGUUACAUCGGAUGCGAGUAUCGGGGUUGCACUACCGGAUGUCGCAAAGGAGUAUUUCGAUUUAGAAAGGGUUGAGAUUCGUGGGAAGAAGAUGUUGAAAAGUGGGUUUGCUGUUUUGGUUGUUUGCGAAGGAGCUUUAGAAAUGUGGGUUGCUGGAGAAAAGGCGUUGGAUAUAGACAGAGGAAAGACUUUAGUUGUUCCGUUUGGAGAUGGAGAUGUUGAGUUGAAGGGGUCCGGCGAGGUCGUGGUUCUCAGACCGCCGAGGGGCCAAUGA